CUUGUCUUAUUAUCAAGUGAGGUCACAGACCGGUCGGACCAAAACGUCUCUUCUGAUCGAAUCAAUUAUGAAGGUUUUCUAUUAGCUUUAGUUGGUAGUUUGUUUGUCAAAUGUAAAGUAGUGACUCGUGACUUUUGAAUAUCUGUGGCCAUAUAAUAUUACAUUGUUCUAGCUAAUAGUUUUUCAAUAUGGUUUUCGAUAUAAGUGGAAAAAUUGCUUUAAUCACCGGAGGAGCUUCAGGAAUUGGCCUUCACUAUGCAAAAGAAUUGUUACGAAACGGUUUACAGGGUGUCACUUUGGCUGAUGUAGAUCCAUCUGCUGGUGCAAAAGCUUUGGAAGAGCUUGAAAAGGAAUUUGGUCCCAAUAAGGCAAUAUUUGUACAGACAGAUGUACGGGAUCGGCAACAGUUUGAAGAUGCUUUUAAGAAGACUGUCGAAACGUUUAAAUAUAUCGAUAUUUUAUUUAACAAUGCUGGUAUUUUGAAUGAUUCUACAUGGGAUGAAGAAUUGGAUAUCAAUCUGAAAGGCACAAUCAUUGGAAUUCUCCUGGCUCUAGAAAAUUACUUUCCUAAAUACAAGCAAGGUGCUGAAGCUGUUAUCGUCAAUAUUGCUUCAACUGCAGCUUGCGACUAUUAUCCUCAUGUUCCAAUAUACUCUGCAUCAAAGGCUGCAGUCUCCGCUCUAACUAAAUCUUGGGGUGUUCCACAUUUUUACGAUAAACUAAAAGUUAGAGUUGUAGCGCUAUGUCCAGGAGUGACAUUAACUCCGUUGAUAUUUAAUAUUAGAGGAAGAAAUUUAGGACAAAUAUACGAUGAAUAUGUGAAACAAGGAUUGAAGGAGGGAAGAUGGCCAUCUCAAGACCCCGAACAUGUAGCUCAAGAAGCAAUUAAGAUACUAAAAUAUGCACCAAAUGGAACACUUUGGUUGAUUGAAGGUGGAGAACCAUGUUACGAAUUUAUUCCAGCAGACAGAUUCACACAAAAGGGUAACUUGUUGAAAACUGAAUAAAAGCAACUAUAUAUUUAUUUUAAAUUUUCUACGAUUAAUGUCACGAUAGCAGUAGUUUAUUGUUCUAUUUAAUUUAACUUGUGUUUUGUUAAUUUUAUGAAAUUUGUAAUAUAUUAUUAAUGUACCUUU